GAGGGAUUUGGGGGUAUUUCAGCUCUCUUAUUGUUGUUUCUGACAUUUUGUGAGUCGUCAGUCCUGUAGGACGAAAUGCUUCUUCCACUGCUGAUAUGGAUGACUUUGCUCUGUCACAUCUCCGAUGGCCAGGCUUUCUCUCAAAAAAACAAGAGGGGUAGAGUUUGGAGACCUAUUGUGAGAAUAACUGAAGAGGAUUUUGACCCAUCUCCCAUGUUUUCUAUUUUAGCUCCAGCAAAGAUAAGGCCUGGAACAAAACAGAAAAUCCUGCUAGAGGGUCUGAAUCCAUCCCAAGAAAUAAGAGUCUCCAUCGAGGUCUAUGACUAUCCAGUCUCCCAAUCUGUCUUGUUGCGGGACUCAGUUCUCCUCAAUUCAGACAACAACUACAGCGCCCUCAAGACCAUUGAGAUUGAUCCAAAUAUGCUACUUCCAGAUGGAAAGAAGAAAUAUGUGAAGCUUGUUGCUCAGUUUAGCAGAUUCCAUCGCGCAGAACAAGUAAUACCGGUGUCUUUCCGCUCUGGAUACAUCUUCAUUCAGACUGAUAAACCUGUUUACAACCCUGGAGACUCAGUGCGCUGCAGGGCUUUUGUAUCUGAUACAGAAUUCCGAGCUUCUGAGAGAAUCAUAUCUUUUGAGAUUCAGAAUCCAGAUGGUAUUGCAGUACAUGGUAUUUCCAGAGCCAAAGCAAUUGAUGGGAUACUAUCGGAUACCUACCUCCUCUCCACUGUAGCCAAAGAGGGCAAGUGGAAAGCUGUCGCAAAGUUUGAUCAGGGAAAAGAGAACAUUUUCAGCAGAGAGUUUGAAGUAAAGAAAUAUGUGCUCCCAGCGUUCAAUGUCACUUUGACUCCAAAGACGUCCCACCUCGGCCUAGAUGCAGAUAAGCUGGAAGUAGAAAUAACAGCCAGGUAUCUUUAUGGUCAACCAGUGCAAGGUGUUGCAUACGUUCUGUUUGGUGUUGAAAUAAACGGUGAGAAGAAGAGACUCACAUCUAUGAAGCAACUGAAUGAUCUGAACGGAGGAAUUGUUAGUUUGACUAUGGAGGAGAUAAAGAAGGUCUAUCCUGACACAAACAGCCUGCUGGGGUCUUCUGUGUACGUCAAAGCGUCAGUACUGACCAGCUCAGGUAGCGACCUUGUGGAAGCAGAGAAAUCUGGCAUUAAAAUAGUAAUAUCUCCAUACAUGCUCUCCAUCAGGGACACACCAAAGUAUUUCAAACCUGGACUGCCAUUAGGCAUGACGGUUACAGUGAGUAACCAUGAUGGCUCUCCAGCCCCUAAUAUUCCUGUUAAAAUCAGCUUUCUUGAAAGUCCAAUCAGUGUCCACAGCGGCACCAUCAAAGUCUACAUCAACAUGCCUGAGUUGUCCAGUUCAGAUGGUAAUUCACAGAUACUGAAAGUGGAGACAGCAAAUCCUUUACUGAAACCAGAACAGCAGGCUGUUGAAGAGGUGCGUGUGGAGCCGUAUGCCUCUUUUAUGGACUCCAGGAACUACUUGCAUAUCUCAGUGCGUUCCAGUCGAAUGGUAGUGGGCGACAAUCUCAACGUCCAAGCGCACAUCAAAUCCUCAGCAAAAUCAAAAAAGUUUGUGGAGCAGCUGACAUAUGCUGUCUUGAAUAAGGGAAACAUAAUCCAUGCUGGUAGAGUGAAUGUCAAAGACCUGGCUGUCAUAAACAUUCCUCUGCUGGUUACCACAGAAAUGCUACCUGCGUUUCGGAUUGUGGCGUACUACAUUUUGCCAUGGAAAUUUAGGGCGGAUGUGGUGGCAGACUCUGUGUUUGUUGAUGUGGAGGACCGGUGUGUAGGUUCGCUCAGUGUAGGACCAGUGGAGAGUGAAAAAUUCAAUUCCUACUCACCAGGCAGCAGCUUUAAAUUUCAAGUCAAAGGUGACCCGGGAGCAAAGGUCAGCCUGGUUGCUGUGGAUAAUGCCAUCUUUCUGUUGAGUAAAAACCGCCUGACGCAGAAGAAGGUGUGGGAGGUGGUGGGACAGGGUGAUAUGGGCUGCACCUCAGGAGGAGGCAAGAAUAAUAUGGGUGUUUUCAGUGAUGCAGGACUGAUGUUUUAUUCCAGCACAGGAGGUUCCACUGACUACAAAGAAGAUUGCUCCAGUAGAUCUAGAAGAAGACGUUCUGCUGCCAAACUGCAGCUCAGAGAGCAGCUGGAGAAGGUAUAUUCUGACCAGUUCCUGAAGAGAUGUUGUGUGGACGGCAUGAGGGAGAUUCCCAUGCCCUAUUCGUGCUACCGUCGCUCCCUCUACAUAACCGAGGACUGGAGCUGCGUGUUAGCUUUCCUCCGCUGUUGUGCAGAGUACAGAGGGGAGGAGCUCGGUGUCAUUACCAGGCCUCCGACGACCACCCUUCCACCCACCACCACCCCUCCACCCACCACCACCCACCUUAUUUUACCUAUGCUUAAUUAUGGACGUGAAAGGGAUUUUAUUUUUCUCACAUCAGUACGUAUGGAGGGUCGCGUCCUUGCAUCUGCCCCUGUCAAACCUCUGCCACCAGUACACAAGGACAGUCAUGAUGCAAAGAUGGAAGAGGAGGAGGAAGAGGAGCAAGAGUUUGAUGAAGAUGAUUUAGCUGAUAUAGAAGACAUUUAUGUGCGCUCCAAGUUCUUCGAGUCGUGGCUGUGGACUGACAUCAGACUGCCCAGCGUACCCAAGUCUGAUGGGCUGGUUGUAUUUCCAGUGGACACCGUUCUUCCUGACAGUAUCACUCAGUGGGGUUUUCUAGCCCCUUUAGUCACUGCCUACAACACACUGGAUCCUGAAACUGAAACUAACUCUGGCUAA